AUGGGCCUUAGGGAUUGUUUACAAGUGAUUGCUGAGGGGCAUUCGGCAAUGUGCAAAAUCUUCAGUGUGUUUCUGCUAUUGUUAAGCAUCGGUCUCAUCAUUGGUGGAUCGGUUUUGGUCCACAUGAACAAGAAGGGUGUCUACGGUGGUGAACCGACGGCUGACGAAGCAAGGCACUAUGCUGGAGGUCUGGCUUUGUUAAUUCUUGGAUUCCUCGUUUUCUUCGCAAGUAUUCUUUCCUGCUGCUGUGCAUUCCAACUGAAUAUUGUUGGACGCAUCUUCGAGCGAUAA